AUGGCACUUCCUGGACCCUCACGAUUGCUCUGGCUGAGUUGUGCGCGCGCACAUCCCUCCCCCUCCACCCUGCCGCUACUCUGCUCGCUCCGCGCCGCGCUGCAGUGUGGUGCGGCAUUACGUCACGCGGCUGUAGCCUCCACGCCGCGCUACAGCCGACGGGAUUCGACGGCCGCGUACUCGCCGACCUUCGGCAUGAAGGCUUAG